UCUCCAAACUCAGAAACAAGUGGACAUUUUUUUCAAAGGAUUCUUCAUGGCUCAGCAAUCGCAUCUUCAUGUGCCUAAGUUCGGAAACUGGGAUGGUGACAACGUGCCCUACACUGCCUUCUUUGAGAAUGCGCGCAAAGAUAAAGCAAGCGGGAUUAGAAUCAAUCCAAACGAUCCACAGCAGAACCCGGAGGCCUUCCUUCCAGUUGCACCCUCUCUCAGUUUAAGCCCGGAUAAUGAGCCAUCGCCAGUCUUGCCAAGGUUUGGUAGACACAGAACCACUUACGAACAGCAGGAUGGUAGCCGCACCACAAUGUCUUCGGGAUCAAGCAGUAAUGGUAGUUCUGCCAAUCCAGUCCUUAAGCCCAAGCAUUACCACAAAAAAACAGACAGUAGCAAUGCUGAUGACUUUUCGCACAGAUCAGUGUCGGUUCCAAAAUUCGGGCAAUGGGAUGAAAAUGAUCCGAGAUCAGGGGAGGGAUUUACCGUAAUUUUCAACAAAGUGAAGGAGGAAAAACACAUAGCUGCAGCCAAGUUUCCUCCUGUUCCAAUACAUACUACCAACAAUUAUCAGCCUAGCCGUGAAAAGGAGACGAGAAAGAAAUGUUGCUGCCUGUUUUGAGGAGCAAAACAUGGAGGUUGUUGAGUUUGAUAAUGCUUCAUAUUUUGAUAUUCUCCAACUGCAGUUUUUCUAUAGCACAUGCAUGAAUCUUCUUUUAUCUCAGAGACUGUUACACAACAUUUUUUAACUGAAAUUAAAAAUUUCUUUCAACAGUUUGGAAUCUAUUUUAUUGAUCAUGUUGAGGAAAAACAAUCUUUUGUAGAUCAUGUUCUUAAUACAGUUGUAAAACGAUUGAUUAGUGCCGAAACGAGUUAAGAAUAUAUCUGCGAUGGAACAUUUUAUGA